AUGUUUACGGCCCGUCGUCUUGCUGCACCUCUCUCAUCAAGCAUCCGCCAUCCCUUCACCGCCAAACACGUCACCACCAGAAAAUUCCACGUAACAUCUGCCAACAUGGUCAAAGCCGGUGAUCAGAUCCCCAGCGUCGAGCUCGUCGAGGGAGCUCCCGACAAGAAGGUCAACAUCGCCAAGGAACUUGCUUCGGGCAAAGGCGUUAUUAUUGGCGUGCCCGCUGCGUUCUCCCCGGGGUGCUCCCAGUCCCACAUCCCAGGCUACAUCAACAACAAGAACCUGAAAGAUGCCGGCAAGGUCUUUGUCGUCUCCGUCAACGACCCAUUCGUAGUGAUGGGUGCCUGGGCCGAGAGCCUGGACUCUGGAGCCAAGAGUGGAAUCCGCUUCCUCGGAGACCCACACGGAGAAUUCACCAAGCAGGUAGACCUCUUCUUCGAGUCUGCCGCCGUCUUCGGCCAGAACAGAUCGAAGCGUUAUGCCAUUGUCACCGAGGAUGGAAAGGUCAAGUCGGUCCACGAGGAACCAGACAACACUGGCAUCAAGGAGUCUUCUGCUGAGAAGGUCCUCGGCUGA